AGAAAGCAUUUUCCCGUCAACUGAAAUUUUCUGCACCACCAAAACGUUGAACCCACACAUAACCACAGAAAAAAAAAAAAAAAAUGCAUCUUCUGGCGCUGGCCAGCGAAACUGCAGCAGGGAAGUCUCAGGUUUGCUAUUGUGCUUUGUCCGGUAGCUUCAGCUGUAGGGCUCGCAGUUGUCGUAGUCCAGAGAUGCUGGGGAGACCGUUGACUUUGCCUGCACAAUCCUUCUGUUGUACGGUUGAUCUUGCCGCUUCUCCACAGGGUAUCAUACCAUCAAACACAAGCUUUUCGAGUAGACUUUUACCAAGUGCGACCAAAGCAGCAUGGGCAACAAAUGUUUCUCUGAAGAAAUGGAUGAUGUAUUCUGUACAGAUAGAUGAUAUGAUCACAAACAAAGAAGAUCAGUGUAUGUGGGAAGCCUGUAGACAAGCUCUUUCGACAUUUGAUUUUAGUGUUGAAGAAAAGGACAAGAUACUUGGAAAAGCAUUUGGCCUCGUUAAUUCACCAUACUGGGGAGAGGAACGUGAGAAAGAAAUUCCCAAGUUUGAAACAGUGAAUGGAGUAUUAGAGUAUCUGAGGAGCUUAAGUCUUUCUGAUGAUGAUUUGACCAAGCUGCUAAAGAAAUUCCCCGAGGUUCUCGGAUGCAGUUUAGAGGAUGAGCUGAAAAGCAAUGUGAAAAUCCUGGAAAAAGAAUGGGGUAUUAAAGAAAAGUCUCUCCGAAACCUGCUCCUUCGAAAUCCGAAAGUUUUGGGUUACAAUGUAGAUUGCAAGGGAGACUGUAUAGCGCAAUGCACUCGAUGCUGGGCUCGUUUCUAGCUAGCCACCUUUUGUUCUUUUGACAGGGCAACACUUAGGUGAAGUUUCUAAUUGUUUGCCAUCAAGUUCUCUGAUAGAAACGUUACAUGUGGAUAUAAUAUAUUCUUCCACAACUUAACAUCACAUCAUUGAUUCUUCAAAUACAGUUCUCUAUGUCGUUCUAUUAGAAGAUGUGAUAGCAGCCUCUUAAAAAUUGCUUCUAAGUUUUUUCAUUCAACAUGGAGAAGCAUUUCAUUUGAAUUUAUUAUGAAGCUGACUUCUGUGUAUAUCUUAUUUAAGAGUUGUAUUAUCUUCGCAACAGUGAUCAUGUUCUUGUGUUGGUUGAAUAAUUCAAGAAUAUACUGAACAUAUAUGGACGAUAGAACAAUUCAAUGGUAAUGCAUUGAUUUCAUGCU